AUGGAGGCUGUUUCCCAGAACCUGCAAGAUCAGAUAUCAGAGCUGCUGAAGCCUCACAGAGUCUGUCUGGUGACGCCUGUUAUUUUGAACAACUCCAGUCUGACAACUGGAAGGUCAACCAACAGGUUUAUGGUACUGAGUCUAUGGAGAGGUUACGUGGUUAUAAACAAGCAACCUAUCAGGGUGGAGAGCACCUUUAGCUACCUGGAGAUUUGCGCCAUUAAUAUUCAUAGUCACAUGAAGAUUGUGUUGGAGACAGACAGACAGACUCUGUAUUUCAGUGUGUUACACACUGAAGAUCUUGAAGCCAUGAUCAGUCACAUGACCGCCUCAUUGAAGAGGAUCUUUCCUGAUUCUUCACCAGGAAAGCUGUUGAAGACAAUUCCACCCGAUCUCAAGGACAGACUCCUCACACUGAUUGGUGAGAUAGAGGAGCAGAUGAACAGUCAGCCUGGCUACUGUGGAGGAUUCUCUGAUACCUAUGCUGCUUUGUGUGAUUUCAAUGAGAUGCCAUUUAGAGAAGAGAUUCAGUGGGAUGUUGACAACAUCUACUACAUCCACAACUGGAGACAAUUCAACCUGCAGGACUUCAGCCACUUAGACAGCAGGGACCUGGCAUUGGCAGUAGCGGCUUUGUCCUUUAACCAGUGGUUUACAAAGAUUUACUGCAAAGAUCUCAAACUGUCAGUGGAUAUCCAGCAGCAGCUGACAUACCUGCUGUCAAGAUCUCCCAGUCUGGAGGAGCUCUCGCUGGAGGCCAGUGGACUGAAGCUGGACUUUGCAGUCAAAAUGGCUGCUGCCCUCAAAGAGCAUGCCUCGUCUAGCCUGCAAUCUAUCAACCUCUCUGGCAAUCCAAUUGAAGACAAAGGUGUAAUAGCGCUAAGUCAGAAUUUGGAGAAUCUGGAGAAAGGACUCAAGCGCCUCUCCCUGUCCAGGGUAUCGAUGACUGCCAGAGGUCUCGGCUGUCUGAGUCAGGUGUUGUCCUCCAGUCAAAGGUUCUCAACAUCUCUGACCCACCUCGAUCUGUCUGGUAACACCAGUAGCCUGGUUACUGAGGAAGCCACGUUUCUCUUCAAGUUCUUGUCCAGUACAAACUCUCUGUCUUAUCUGGACCUCAGUGAUACCAGCUGCCCUCUGGACACGUUAUUUGUGUCGCUGUCUGCUGGAUGUUGUUACAAACUGGUGCACCUUAACCUGGCCAGGAAUCCUUUCAGCCACAGAAAGGUGCAGGAGGUCACGAGGAGCAUUCAAGAGUUCUUUAGUCAGAGCUGUGAGCUGAAAUAUGUUGGGCUGUCUGCAACCAAACUACCUCCACAAGCGCUCAGGUUAUUACUGCAGGGUCUGGCAACCAACAAACGACUGUUUGGGCUGGAGUUAGACCUAAGCAGCUGCGAGCUACGUUCAGCAGGAGCCCAGGUGAUACAGGAACACAUCUCUGAAGCCACAGCCAUCAGAAGUCUGGAUAUCUCUGACAACAGUUUUGAGAAUGACAUGGUGACCCUGGUUCUGUCAGUCGGUCGAUGUCAGUCUCUUCGACAUCUUGCUCUGGGGAGAAACUUUGCCAUGAAAUCCAGAGCACUCACUGAUGUUCUUCAACGUAUAGCUCAGCUAAUCCAGGAUGAAGAGUGUCCCUUGCAGUCUUUAUCAGUGUCUGACUCCAAGCUGAAGACUGGGAUGCACAUUCUGCUGAGUGCUUUGGGUGGUCAUGCUGCUCUGGUUGAACUUGACAUUAGUGGAAACGUUAUUGGAGAUACAGGAGCUAAAAUGCUGUCCAAAGCCCUGAUGAGUAAUACCAGCCUGAGGACUUUAACAUGGGACAGAAACAAUGUGACUGCUAGAGGUUUCCAGGAUGUAGCAGAUGCCUUGGAGAGGAACUUCACUCUGCAGCACAUGUCUCUUCCCCUGGCCGAUCUCACAGCGAGUUAUCGUAGCAACCCUGACAGAACAAAAGAGGCCCUGCACAAGAUUCAGCAGCAUUUAGACAGAAACAACCAGAGACAGUCUGACAGCAUAGAACUUCGACAAGUCUUUAGAACUCAACAGUCUGAAAAGCUCAUCCAUGGAAUGUGCCGCCAGUUAGAGAGCAGCCUUCAACGUUUAAGCCACUGUAGCAUUCAAGAGGACCAAGCUGAUGUCCUCAAAGCGCACGAGGUGCUGCAACAUGCCAGGGACUCUUUAAAGCUGCUGCCGUCGCUAUAUGAGGUAGGCAGGAAGUGCGCCUCCGAUGGAGACUUUGUGAACACCAUUCUUACUGACACGGCUACUGCACUGACCAAUGAGUUCACUAGGAGCAUACAGGAGCUGUCUCAAGGCCUGAUGAGACACGCUGAUGCUUUGUACCCACGGGUGGUCCAGCGGUCUAGUGUGUGUGAGUGUCUUUCAGAGUGUGUCUCCAAAAGAAGCACACAGACACACAUAUUCAUAAGAAGCACUCUGGUGGAGAGCACAGGGCACAUCAUCAACAACAGACUGCAUGAACUGAAGAAAACACUGACCGUCACUCUGGCUGAAAGCAUUGUGCAACAGGUGCUACAGGAUCUAAAAGUGGCACAGGAUAAAAUAGAUUGUCUUAUAAAAGAAAAUACAUGCAAUACCCAGAGACUCAACAUCCCAGAACUCAAAGUGGUUGAGAGUGACUUCCCAACUGAUGACUACAGUCCAGCAAUUUGGAGAAAUAGCUUUUACUCUAAGAGCCUGAGACCCGCCUGUUCAAUUAAAAGUCUCCUGGAUGCAGACUGGGAGCAGCAGAUCAGGGACAGAGCAGAGAGAGAGUGGGGAGGAGGUGCUGGAGAGAAAGACGGAGGAGGAAGGUGUGGCCUGCCUUGGUUACCAACAGCAACAUCACUGUCACUCACAGCCUCAAGCCCCACCCUUUCCCCUUCUACUUCCCCGUCCCCCUCCCCCCCAGGACAGAGGGGGAGUAGGCGGAGGGAGGGGGAGGUGGUAGCAGCGGAUGCUGCAGAAGCAGUAUCAGGAGCGAGAGGAGCAUCGUUCAUUCCUCUUCCCAGUCUCCCCCUCUUUUACUCCUCCGCUCAAGCUCCAACGGAGGAGGCAGCUGGCUGCGGAGGCUUACACAGGCGAGAGGCUCCCUUCCCUGGCUGCUGCCCCAGCCCGGGCCCCUUCCCCAGAUCUGGAUACACUGUUUCUCCCAUGGAGCCUCUACCCACCCAGGGACAGACUCUAAGGCACUACACUGCCUCCCGACCAAGGCCACGACGCACACAUACGCAACCCCCUUCCUCCAGGCCUCAGGAGGCGGUGUCAAAGGUGGAGAAUGAAGCUAGUGAGGAGAUGGGCAGAGUGGAUGAAGGAGUGGAGGAGUUCUUCACCAAAAAAAUCAUCCCUGACUAUGCACUAAAAGGCCAGUGGGAGGAGUCAAACCCUGCCCAAGCCACUCCCCCAGAGUCAAGCUCCACCCCCUCAGUCUCAACCCCCUUGUCCUCUACGUCUGACAUUAUCACCUCCUCUACCACCACUCUCACUUCACCCUAUGCAUCCACUGACAUGUCCUUCACAUCCACUGAUGUUCCACCCCUCUCUACCUCCAUUCCAUCCACCUUUUCUUCCGUCACCACCACCACCACACUUCCCACCAAAAAUAUCAAGAAAAAGUUUGGUGACUUCUUCGCCUUCAAGAGGGCUCGAGUUGCCCGAGCCACCAAGGCAAGUGGGGGAGAGGGAGGAGGAGGAGAAGGGGUGAAGGUCAAAAGGACCUCCAUUGCAGACCUCAUUCGACCCCUCCGUGAGGCCAAAGAAAGGGAGAGGGAGAGGGAGAGGGACAAGGAGAGAGAGAAGGAGAGAGGGGCAAGGUCAGUGGAGGAUGCUAACAUUUCUAAUGAUGCCACCACCACAGAAGGAAUCUCCGCCACCAGCCAACAUCUUGCAGGCGAUGUGCGGGAAAAGAGAUCGCCUGCCCAGACGUUAACCAUGAUGAUGCCACCCAGUGAGACCACUCCCUUGUAUCCCACCAUCACAACAAGCCCUGAUCUCACGACUACUGUACUUUCCAAUCUGGAGGAAGAGGCAGCUCCUGUCUUGCCAGCUCGCAUGCCCAGUCCUGUGAUCACUCGCACUCUGGCUGAGCAGGACAAGCAGCUGGUAGGGACUCCAUAUGGAGAGAGGAGACUAAAAGUGACCAAGAGGGCACUGAGAGAGGGAAAGAGCCAAAGUCUCAUACUGUUGACGGGAUUAGAGACUGAUGACAAGGAUACACCCACUAAGAAACAUGCUUCGGAGAGCACAUCUAGUUUUGAACAGAAGCUUCAGGUGAUGUUGCACAGAAUGGGCGUGGCCAAAACUCCACCUGCUGAAACCAAGAUGAGCCAGGUAAAUGGGGGAAAUAAAGAUGAAGAGCUGAGAAAGGCCAACUCUGAUGGUGCUAUUCUUGACAAACCUGAACCACCUCCCACAUACAUGAAGCCCAGGACUAUGUCCACUUCAUCAGCUGAUCCCAGGCAUCCGAUCAGAUCUCUGCACCCCGUUCGACCAGAUCCUCUCCUUCCUCCAAAGCCCGCCCUCCCAGAGCGUCCUAUUGGCCCCCUGCCACCCAAACCUGCCAUCUCAGCCAGACCUCCUCUCUCCACCCUGGCUGCUGCAGGAGGAGCUCGUCCCUCUUCUGCUCCUCCUUCCAGCAGCUCAGUGGAGCUGCAGGAAGGAGGAAAACAUGAUGGCAGGCCAGAGGAGACUACAAAACAGAAUGGAAGCGAGGACGGUUUCCAGGGUGGAACAUCGACCGUGUCCUCUAGAAAGGAGCUUCCUUCAGUCCCACCUCUCUGGAGAAGUCCCGGUACACAGGAUCGCGCUGAAAAAGCACAAUCAGUGACAGAGGAGAGUCUUCCUAAGCCACGUCAACACAUGAAGCCUCCUCCGCAGCGUAGAGCUGUGUCUGUCCAUGAGGAUGCCUUUGCCAUGACACAAGAGCUGAAGGCAGUGUUACAGAGGUCACCCAUCCGUUUCCGAGGCAACAGAAGUGAUCUGCCAUCCUGCACUGAAGAUCCAUCCAGUGGAGAAGGACAGAGAGCCAGUGACAUGGGAAGGGAGACUGAUAAAGACAAGAAGGGCAUUCCCCAGAAGGAGGAGCUGCAGGAAAGACGAGGAAGAAUGGGAUGUGGAAGCACAGCAGCCGAAACCAAGCACCCCCAUCCAGGAAAGGGCGAAAGCCCAGGCUCAGGGUGUCCCUCCUUUACAGCUCAAGCUCUACAUGAAGCAGAUGCAACCCAGUUUUCCAGCCAUGCGUUUGACAAAGCUUUACCCACCCAAGAGAGGCUUCCACCACAGACCCGAACACUGGAAAAGUCUCCAGUGAUGCCCCCACCCAAAAAUAGCACUAGCACAGCCCCAGCAUUGCCCCAAACUCUAGAUAAAUUACUAGUCUCCCCAGCACCUCGAGAAAAGACCCUCAGCACAAUCCCAGUCACGUCUGGAUAUUCAGACGUCCCCCAAGUAAGUCCUACAUCCCACAAGAAGAAGGUCCCCAGCCCGGUAGAUCUGAGAAACAGCACACCAGAGAAAGAGACCAUCUCUAAACAUCACACAGUGAAGGCAGAGGCAGCAGACCAAAGAACUGAGCCCCCUCUGUCUGAAUAGCAUCCACAGACUGACUUACCUAAGCAGAAAAUACAUUUAGGAGGGAGAGGUCUGAGACAUCACUGAGAUCUGGAACUGAGGGCGUAUCUGAGAGUAUCUGAGAGUAGUGUGAGUUUUUUAGUGCAGCAGAUAAGUAGAAAAUCACAGUCACUAGAUCUUUGUUUGUUUGUUCUUGUGGAGCCAUUGAUUUGAAAAAUCCCAUUAACCACUUGAAUGUUAAAAUUGGUCCCAACGUGGCUGCCCACUGGUAAAUUUCAGAAUUUUUAUUUUGGCAUUCAAAACACUGAACAGCACUUCGUGGGAAAUUUCAAGAGGGCAGUAAAGCUGCAAUUUCUACACAAUCGAAUUAUUAAACAGAUAAUAGUGAUAAUAAAUGUCACCCCAACCAGCGGACACAUUAACAUAAGCUGUUUAAGCUUGUUUAUUGGCAAUAACCUGCCAUCUUUUAUCGUAUCAGAUCAAGUAUAACCAGCUGUUUUGUUAAUGCAGCACUUUCAUUUUAGAAUAAUAUAUAAUCUUGCUCUAGAUAUUGGCAGUUAACCAUGUCACACAGCGAUCAGGCCUUUUAAUCCAGCUCUAAUUGUUUUUCUAAAUAAAGUAUUUUUUGUAAAUAAAUCAAGAUGUCAGCCUGUAUCUCUGAAUGAACUAAAAGCUUAUGUGGACCUCACAGGGCAGACUGUAAACCUGUGAUUUUGUAGAAUAUGAUGCAUCACUGUAGAUUAAACAAUAUAGUCUUUAAAAAAAACCUGCUCAACCCUAAACAUGUGCGGCAGUAAUACUGAUCCAUGUCACACUGAUCCAUGUCACACUGAUGGGGAACAUUUUUCUGAAAAAUCAUUUGAUUAAAAAAAAUGUUCCAAAUUUACUGCCAGGAAGGAGAGCAGAGGCGAAGAAGUCAAGCAACAGCGCGAAGCUGUUUUAAUCUAAUUCUGUUUGUCUUCUUAAAAGUAGGCUUUAUUUAUUUAUUUAUUUAUUAAUUAUUACUUUUUCAUUUUGAUUUUUUGGAGGGGAUGUAGGGCUACAGUUCGCUUGCCUUUCCGUAAAAGUCACUAUAAGCCAGCGAGUGGUUAACACGUUCACUUUACACGUGAAAGAUCCCAAAACCCAGCUUCUGGGAGUACUCCUAGUGCUGGUUGCAUCAGCAGGGGCAUCUGACAUGAACCUGGUGCCAUAUCAAACGUGAAUCCAUCUGCUGUGCCAACCACUUAAUAAAGCAGCUCAAAAAAAGGAAACAGCUAAAAGUACCUUUACAUAAGUUACAAAGAGAAUUACUUCAAACUUCAAAGAUUAACUUUUACAUGGUCAAACAUGCAUGGUUUGAUAAUAAGUUGUCCUCGUCUCUAAAUGUAACGUUUCCCACCAGAGUCAGCAUUUUGAAAUUUCAAAUGGCUAAUGGGAUUCCUCAAGAGUACUCAUAAAUGAGUAUAUCUGCACAUUUUGGUAUUUGUAUCCAAUUAUGAAUGAUUUUACUUGCACUAUUGUACUCUCCUGUAGAAUCGCUCUCAUGUCCGGAGCGUUCUCGUUAAACGUGUGAGAACCACAGGUAUGGUACACCCAGAUGGUAUGGACUUUUCCUGUGUACUAGCUUCUGUAUAGUUGGUGCAUUUAUUCUGUGGGGUGAAUUUUUGAUUUAUAUUAGUUAUGUAUACAGUGGAAGCACAUGAAUUAGUUUGCUGGCUUGUUAUUGCAGUCUGUGCAAAUUUAUCCCAAAGAUUAAAUGUACUGACCGUUAGCUGUAGCUAGCUGGGCACAUAUUCACCAACCAUGUGUCUGCUGAGUGUAUCAGUGUGUUGACGGCUCAUCCUCUCAUCUGAUGUCAGAAAUGAUCAUGCACUUCAUCCUGUUAUUUUGCUGCAGACUCAUUUUUUUUUUGAAUUACAUCCAUCUUUGCAUUGAACAAUAUGCAACUGUGCCACCUAUAAAAUUCAUUUCCAUCAA